AAAGUCAACAUUUCCGGCCUCUUAUUCAAUUAAGAUAUUGGAAAUUGCUAUCAACAUUCUUAAACAGUGCAUACUUGCAUAGGAGAGAACAAAAAUGGCUUAUGCUCAUCUUCUUUCUCUUACUCACGUUCUACAGCGCACGCUGAAAUAUGAUUGUUCAUAUCUUCUUUCUGGUGAGAAACAACAAAUCGAUUCCCUCCUCGAAAAAGUUGUCUACUUGCAAGAUUUUCUUGAUAAUUUUCCACGAGAAAACAUCGAAUCAAUCGAAGGUUUGGAGAGAAAGAUCAGCGAUGUAGCAUGUCAAACUGAAGAUAUCAUUGAAUCCAGCAUUGCAAAUCGAGUUCUUGAAGAAUCUGCAAGUCGUAGUGGUGACAUCUUUACAAAUUCAUUCCAUGAAAUAGCAAAACUAAUAAAAGAAGUUGAUUCCACAAAUAUAAAGGCAGGGAAGAUUGAGGAUGAGAGUGGCAUACAGGAAGAUUUAGAGCGCAACACCUCAUUGCCUGUUGGUUCAUUAAGACCAGCUUCUUUAGGUCAGAGCACUAUGGUUGGUCUUGAUGAUGUCAUGGCGAAGAUCAAGGAUCAUCUAGUCAGUAGUUCAUCAAAACUUGAAGUUGUGUCAAUUGUCGGCAUGGGUGGCAUCGGUAAGACUACACUCGCUCACAAAGUUUACAUUGAUAAAUAUAUUGAGUAUCACUUUCACAUUUGUGCUUGGUGCACUGUCUCUCAAAAAUAUAAUGGGCGAGAAAUCCUACUAGGCCUCUUAGAUUCCAUGGAAAAACAAAUUGACGGGAAUGGAAAGGACAUUGAUCAAUUAGGAGAACUUCUGUACAAGAAGCUAAAGGGUAGGCGGUAUCUUCUUGUAAUAGAUGAUGUGUGGGAUAUUGAGGCCUGGGACUGUGUGAAAAUAUAUUUUCCAGAAGACAAAACUGGAAGUCGAAUCCUUUUGACUACUAGGCUUGAGAAUGUGGCCAAUUAUAUCAACUCUGGUUCUCGUCUUCAUCCUGUGCGUUUUCUGAACGACGAAGAAAGUUGGAAGUUAUUUUGUCAAAAGGUGUUUGGAGAAGGUUUUUGUCCUCUUGAAUUGAAAGAAAUCGGCAAGAAGAUUGCCCAAAAUUGUCGAGGACUUCCACUUGCAGUUGCUGUGAUUGGAGGCCUCCUAUCAAAGGCCACUAAAACACCACAUUACUGGAGAACUAUUGCAAAAAAUGUAAGUUCGGAAAUAACUUCAAAUGAUGAGCAAUGCUCUAAGAUACUUUCUCUAAGUUAUAAACAUUUGCCUUAUCAUUUGAAAGGGUGUUACCUAUAUGUGGGAAUUUUUCCGGAAGAUUGUCCAAUCGAUGUCAAGGAACUUACUAGAUUGUGGGUUGCAGAGGGAAUCCUCAAACCAGCAUGCUCUAAAACUUUGGAAGACGUAGGAGAAGAGUACUUUUUUGAUCUUGUUCAAAGAAGUCUUAUUUUGGUUCAACAGAAAGGGUCCAGCGGAAAAAUUAGAACAUGUAGAAUUCAUGAUCUGUUACGGGACCUUUGCGUCCGAGAAGCUCAAAAGGAGAAGUUUUUCCAUGUCAUUGAAGGAAGUCUUUAUGGUAUUCAAGGAGACACUAGUAUGCGCCGUGUAAGUAUUCAUGAUAAGAAGAAUUCUCCAUCAUAUUUUAAAUUUUACCAUGCGGGGACUAUCAAGGGUGAUGACAAAACACUAUCUUCUUCUGAUUCUAGGCUACUUAGAGUACUGCAUAACAAGAAAUAUGAUCAUUUACCAGGUGGAAUGGAAGAAUUGGUUAACAUGCGGUACUUCAAUUACUGCCGUAUAAACCCGAAUACACCAAUAUAUAAAUUUCGGAAACUACAAACAACGGUUAUUUGGGACCAUGGGGCGGACACUAUACUACCACCAGAAAUAUGGAAGAUGACACAAUUAAGACAUGUCAAGUUGAAUGGUUAUAUACAUCUUCCUGAUCCUCCUAGUUCAGAAAUAAAGGGUGAAGAAAAUUCUAUUGUUGUUCUAGAAAAUCUACAAACACUCUCGACAAUAUAUGAUUUUAGGUUGACCGAGCAGGUCCUCAAAAGAGUUCCAAAUCUACGGAAAUUGUCUAUCUAUUAUUCCUAUAAUAAUUUUUUGGAAGAACUCUAUAUCAAUAAUUUUGUCCAUUUAGCUAAACUUGAAUCAUUAAAAUGUUAUAUUAAAUUUACACAGCCGCUGUUCGUACUCAGAAUGACUUUUCCGACAUCACUCAAAAAGUUGACUUUAUAUGGCGUUGACCUUUCUUGUAAUGAAUUGAGAAUUCUCGGUAAGGUGCCCAAUCUUGAAGUGCUGAAAUUGAGAAACAGUACCUUCAAUUGUUCAGUGUGGGAACCAAAUGAAGGAGAAUUUCUUAAAUUGAAAUUUCUGCUACUAUGCGUCGUUGAUCUGAAGCACUGGAGAGAUGACAGUAUCCACUUCCCGAGUCUCGAGCACCUAGUCAUUGAUGAUUGCGAUAAGCUGAAAGAGAUCCCUAGUGGUUUUGGAGAACUUUCAACUCUUCAAACCAUCGUGUUGAUUCCCGAUAAGCUUUUUGGGAAAACUUCAGCCGUUGGUCAUUCAAUUAUUGAAUCAGCAAAGAAAAUAGAAGAGGAACAAUUGAGUUGGGGAAACGAUACCUUCAAGUUAUAUAUUAAGGAAUAAUAAAUAUGCAGAGAUUCAAAGUUGUCCAUUCCAAUCAUUUACAGUCUGCAGUUCGAGAUGUGGGAGCUCAGUUUAAACCAACUUCGAUGCAGGUGAUGUGCAUUAAGAGUGCAAUUAACUUUCUCUAAAGUUUGUACAGUACAACCAUGAUUUCAUUUAGUGUCCUUGUUUGUCUAUGUUGUUUCUUCUGCUUUCCUCUCUAAUUAUUUGUGGUUUUCACAUGAUUUUAUCAAUGUUAGUUGACAAAAUCACGAUUCAUGUAUCAUUGUUCUUGCCAUUCUAGAGAUUUACAGUUAGUGUGUCUUCUACUAUUGUUGAUAAAUAAUUAGGAAUUGACAAAAUCAUGAUUCGUCAGUCUUA